AAAACGCACACCCACACACAGCGGUGAGUCUCCUCCUCCGUCAACUCUGCUGCCUGCUUCCUGCACUAUGUGCCCAUAGACCGAACCAAUUAUACGCUUCCAGAUUGUUGGCAGAGGGACAGACUGACAUUGGAUAAAAGGUCUGAAGGAGAGGGGACAUGUCUCUGACCAGAAGUGCAUUCCUAGCACGCAGGGCUUUUUCUGCGGCCGCAGGUGGUCAUGAGGGCGGAGCAAAUACCUGGAAGAUCUUGUCCUUUGUGGUGGCUCUACCCGGAGUGGCGGUCUGCAUGGCGAACGUCUGGAUGAAGAUGCAGCGUCACUCGCACGACCAACCAGAGUUCACCCCUUACCCACACCUGCGCAUCCGAACCAAGCCUUUCCCCUGGGGUGAUGGCAACCACUCACUCUUCCACAAUGCCCACACCAACCCACUCCCCACUGGUUACGAGGGCGAACACCACUGAUCAGCAUUCCGCCGUCCUGCAUUCCCGUGCUUUGCCUCGUGUUUACACACGAUCACCGACACUGGACCUGAGAUUGGAGGGCAGUGUCCCUGUAAAAUAAAAUAUCUUACAAAA